AUGCCAACAGUCCGCCUUCAUUCGCCAUGCGAACGUGGUGCGUCGUCAGCAGAAGAAAACCCCCUUCCGCAACUCCUCCAAACUCCCUCCGGACUCGCAAUGCUAGAGCUGCAAGGUACGAUAAACCUGCCAGACCCACCUACAGUCAAAGACUCGCAUACCCUUGACGCGGAUCUUGAGUCCAGCGGACUCGCCACUUCACGGACACAGUAUCAGACACCCAUUGGCCGCCUGAUAUUCCCGGAUUACAAUGACUCUACAGAUAAUGAUCCAAGCGAUCACUCCUGGAUGAAGCGUGUCUAUCUAUACGUCGGCCGGCACCAACGGCUAACGGGGGAGGUAAAAAAACUUCCAAGGCCUUUGGCGGCUAUUCAACGCGUUGAUGAGAUGGAUCCCGAGAACCGUGCGGGAGGGAUAAAUAAACUGAAACAGAAAGCAAAAGUACGGGCAGAGGAGAUGUUGGAGGACGAGGGGACGGAGGAUGAGGAAUGUGACAGCUGUGAUGAAUUGGAGAUUGUCGAUAUUAUCAGAUACAAGAUUAUAUUCUCCUCACGGCCCGAGCCAGUUUCUUCGGAUGUGGAUAACAAUCAAUCUCCACAACCAAGUUAA